CAUAUUUUUGAACUGCUAGGUUGGCAGAAGUUGGAUCUAACAAUGGGAGCUCACCCCCCAUCCCGUGGAUUCAAACUGCCAAUAUUUUCAUGCUGUGGUUUGUUUAAUCAAUGGAUCUGGAGGAUUGACUGUACAACAGCCUCAAGUUUUCUCACAUUGACUUCUAGAGAAAUCUACUGUGGCACCCAUUGUGGUGGAGCUUUUUUGUGUGCUGCAACUAAAUUUAGAUAUAUUCUUUGCUGCAAGCUCUCUUUUGACCUUCAGGGAAAGACACAAUUGGGGAAGGGAGAAUGGAGAGUGUCUUGAUUUGGGAAAUCUUGUAUACUUCAGACUGCAUUUGAGAUCUGUUAAUUGAAGUAGUCCCAAAAUGUUUGGGUGAGUCCUUCUGUUUAUAGUUAUAUAAUCCUGUAUAUUUCACUUUUAUUAUGUAAAACAAAGGGUUGUUUUGUCUUCAUAAUAACACUCUGAGCAGGUCACUAUUCUUUAGGGGAAAAAAUUAAAAUAGCUGGGGAUGGGGGAGUGUUUUAGAUAGUGGGCUAAGGAGGCGUGACAGACCCCUAUAUUGAAACAUGUGUUUGCUACCUAAUAUAUUCAAAGAGCUGUGAGCCUCAGAGACAGUCCUUACACUGCAAAGAGUGAGGCAAUGGCUUCAGGCUACACAUGCUGACAUGCAUUUGCAGCAUCCUUCCAACUGCUCUUGUGUGAACUCUCCUUCUGUUUUCUUUUGUUUGGUGGUAGAAUGGUGUAAUAUCAUACAAACGGUCCUUUUUGUUGUAUUGCCUUCAAGCCAUUUUGUUGUAUGCUUUGAAGUCAUUAUGCCAAUCCUAAAAUUACCCUAUUGUGGGUUUUUCUUGGGAAGGUCUGUUCAGAAGGGGUUGUUAUUGUCUUCCACUAAGGCUGAAAUAGUGUGACUUGCCCAAGAUCACCCAGUGGGUUUCCACGACUGAGUGAGGAUUUGAGCCCUUAUCUCCACAUCCAGUCAAUGCACUACAUCACACUGGCUCUCUAAACUGUUCUAGGCUCCUCUAAAGUGGUCUACUGCAUCAGGAUGCAAUGGAGAAGGCUUUCCAUGGCCAAUAGUAAAGGAAAAUUCGGCUGUCAAUCCAGUAAGUUUGUGCCAGUGGAUUGGAGAAUAUGGGAUGCUGUCUUGUUGUUUUUUGUGGCAGCAACACAUUUGGAAGCUGGUGUUGGAUGUCCCAUUUAAAGCAAAAGGAAAUAUGUGUUAGAUUACCUCUUCCUCCACUUGUUCUCUCUGCUGAUUCUGAGAGAGGGAAUAGGAGGGAGUGGGAGAAGGGAAAAUAGAUGGGGAGAAAGUGAGAAGAAAAUACUACAGGUAGGGGUAGAUUUCAAUGUCUGUCGGUUGCUUCUUGAUGCCUAAAUCUCUUAAAAAUGCCAGAUUCUGUAUGAUCUUGAAAGUGAAGCAGAGUCAUUACUAUUUAGUGCUUGGACGGGAGACAGCAAACUAACUCCAGAUGCUGUAUAGACUAUAUUUUAGAGGAAAGACCUGACAAGACCGCUUCUGAGUAUUUCUUGCCUAAGAAAAGGCUAUGAAAUUAAUUGAGUUGCCAUGGGUCAGUGACUUGAAGACACAUUCAGGCAUGAUUUCUUGUCUACUUUAAAUUGAAAUUCAUGUCUCUUCCAACUUUCUGUUGAGAAACCCAGUUUGUUUUGUUCCACAACUGUUCCUUGUAGCAUCAAGGUUCAAAGAUGGGCAAAACAUGAUCCACAGACUUCAGGCAGCCACCUGGCACUUUUACCUAUUCUACUAGAUCCCCAACUCUUGGAGGUGCAGGCCAUGGAGGGAAAUCCAUAUAUACACACCAGUUUAACAUGCACCGAAAGGUGUUGGGGGAGGCCAUUGGUGGUUUUGGAGUUCGGUGCCAUUCGUUUGCUGAUAACACUCAGCUCUCUCUUUUCCUGAUAUCUGAGAGACUGUCCCUGGAAGAGCAGACUAUAUUGUUUUGGGCCUUUAGUUCUGUAUGCUUGUUCUUCAAAGAUCCAAAUGUGGUUUCAGACUCAGGCUUCCCUUCUACUGCAUGCCCUUUUACCUCCACCACUCACUUUUUCCGCUGGGAGUCUCCUCCACCUUAAAGAGGCAGGUAGGUUCCUGUUUGGGCAGUGCUGUUUGAAAGUGUUUGGCCUGACAGUUGCUAGGAACCAAGCCCGCGGGAGGAAUUUUGAGUUCUUCCUCAAGAUCUCUGAAGGAGUGAGAGAGCCUUGGGAACCUGGAAGGCAAGGGCACCCUUUGUCCAAGGGUCCUGCUCAUCCCCCGCGGCUCCUGGUCAAAAGUCUUUCCUUGGAACCCAGCCCAGAACCUCGCUCUCCGGAAGCCCCUCAGCGUCUGAUCUCUGACCCAGGACCUGACAACAUCCAAGGAGAAGCAGCCAAGCUCAGACCACUGAAACGAAACCCAGGACCAAAGCCACAAGUCCCCCCCAAACCAGCCUAUCUGCAGACUCUCCAUCCAUUACGACUGCCUGAAUCCAUCCCUCCGCCACCAUCACGACCCCUUCCAGCUGAUCCCCGCCUGAGCCGGAGCCCCCUGCCAAAAGAUGGAUCGGGGCCACUUUCUGCCGUCUCCUGCCUCAUCGAGAAGUUUGAAAGGGAACCUGUAAUCCUUACCGUUGAGCCGGCCCCCUCCCCGUGCCCCAGCCCAGAUCUCCAAACACCAGAGGCUGGCUCAAUGGAGCCCUUGGUUGAUCGCCCAGCCUCCCUGGAAUCAGCAGAGCUGGCUCACAAACUGCUGGACCUCCUGGCACUGGAGGGAGGACAAGAAGCUGGAGGGAGCGUGGCCUGCUUACCUUCUCACGAUGGUGGGAAGUUGGCAAAUCGGGACAGUGGCAUUGACAGCAUCAGCUCACCAUCCAACAGUGAGGAAAUCUGCUUUGGAGGUGAUGAAGGCACUGGAGAGGGAGCAGGGGUGCCAGUGCCACCCGUCGUCCUCAAGCGCCGCUCAACACGUGAUUCUGAAGGGGACAGUGACAUGGACGAUGGGAGUGGGGACGAAGCGGAGCUUCUGCAUGAGCUUCCACCCACACAGCCAGAGAGACAGGACUCCGAUGAGAUGACAGUGCCACAGAAAGUCUUCCGAAUUGCUAAUGAACUUCUCCAAACAGAAAAGGCCUAUGUCUCUCGCUUGUAUCUCUUGGACCAGGUCUUCUGUGCCCGUCUACUGGAGGAAGCACGCAGUCGAAACUCUUUCCCCGCUGACGUGGUGAUGGGCAUUUUUGCUAACAUCUGCUCAAUUUACUGCUUUCACCAGCAGUUCCUUUUGCCAGAACUGGAGAAACGUAUGGAAGAGUGGGACCAACACCCCCGCAUUGGAGACAUCCUCCAAAAACUGGCUCCAUUCCUUAAGAUGUAUGGCGAGUAUGUCAAGAAUUUUGACCGAGCAAUGGAGCUGGUCAACACCUGGAUGGAGCGCUCCACACAGUUCAAAAGCAUCAUCCAUGAAGUACAGCGAGAAGAGAUCUGUGGGAACCUGACCCUGCAGCACCACAUGCUGGAGCCUGUCCAGAGAAUCCCUCGAUACGAGCUGCUGCUGAAGGACUAUCUCCUUAAGCUGCCUACAGACUCGCCUGACUGCAAGGAUGCCCAGAAAUCCCUAGAACUUAUUGCCACUGCAGCAGAGCACUCAAAUGCAGCCAUCCGCAAAAUGGAGAGGAUGCACUCUUUGCUGAAGGUCUAUGAGCUGCUUGGAGGUGAGGAAGACAUUGUCAAUCCAACAAAUGAACUCAUCAAGGAAGGGCACAUCCUCAAGCUUUCUGCCAAGAAUGGAACAACGCAAGACCGGUACCUGAUCCUGUUCAAUGAUCGUUUGCUGUACUGCGUGCCAAAGCUUCGUCUCAUUGGCCAGAAGUUUGGAGUCCGUGCUCGCAUAGAUGUAGAGGGGAUGGAGCUGAAAGAGACCAGCAACCUCAAUGUGCCCCGGACCUUCCUUGUAUCUGGAAAGCAGAGAUCCCUUGAACUUCAGGCCAGGACUGAAGAGGAGAAGCGAGACUGGAUCCAGGCGAUACAGGCAACAAUCCAGAAGCAUGAGCAGACUCUGGAAAUGUUCAAGCAGCUGGUCAGUGAAGAUGAAACGCCACCCAAUUCGCCUGGGUGUGAACUGGGCCGACGGGCCCCCACGCCAAUCCGGGAAAAAGAGGUGACCCUGUGUAUGCAGUGCAAGGAGUCCUUCAAUGCCCUCACCAAGCGGAGGCACCAUUGCCGAGCCUGUGGCCAUGUUGUUUGUGGGAAAUGUUCAGAGUUUCGGGCCCGGCUGGUAUAUGACAACAACCGGCCUAACCGUGUCUGCACUGACUGCUACACAAUGCUACAGGGCUCCCCUGCCAGCCCCUCACCACACCCAAACACACCCCAGCGUCGAAGAUCCAUUCUGGAGAAACAGGCUUCUGUUGUGGCAGAAAACAGUGUCAUCUGCAGCUUCUUGCACUACAUGGAAAAAGGAGGGAAGGCCUGGCAUAAAGGCUGGUUUGUCAUCCCUGAAAAUGAACCCCUAGUGCUGUACAUUUAUGGAGCUCCACAGGACGUGAAGGCCCAGCGCUCGAUGCCUCUGAUAGGCUUUGAGGUGAACCUCCCCGAGCCGGGCGAACGGGUGGAUCGGCGCCACGCUUUCCGGAUCAGCCAAAGCCACCUGUGCUGGUAUUUUAGCCCUGAGACUGAGGAGCUCCGACAGCGAUGGAUGGAGGUGCUGAGCCGGGCUGGCCGCGGAGAAGAAGCCAAAGGGCCACCUUCCAUUGUGGAGGCCGAUGAGGAUACAGAGGCAGAGAGAACCUAGACCUGGAGGCUAUGUGAGAAGGAUCAUGAAUUGCCCCUGCCCAGAUUGGGGAACAUGCUCAACAUACUCUGUCCAGUAUACUUGAAACAUUCUCCCUUCCCCACUCUCUGGCAUUUUCUUCUCUGCUCUUCCCCAUCAACUUCAAGGACCUGCCAUGGGACACCUCCUGCCUCUUCCAUUACAAAGACUUCCCUGCGCUUCCUGGCUGUAGGAGUGAUAAUACAUGCACUGAGACUUACGUCAGGGCAGUUCUUUGUCCAGCCUUGGCAUGUGGAAACCCAACGCAUUCCCCCUCCCUACAAGAAGAAACUGACCCCUAAAAGCAGAUUUCUUCCCUCCAACAUGCCUCCCCCCCUUGUCGUUUACAUCUUGGACCAAUAUCUGUUCUUCCAAUAUCCGCUGCUUAUUUAGCACUUACUGAAUAUACUCUCCACUGCAGUGGCUUGGGAAAAGGGUGAGGGAAUGAGAAACUGACAUGGACCCAAUUUUAUUUCAGUGGGGGCUUCUUUUCCCCCUCUUCUGCAUUGGUCUGCCUUCUUCCUUCAUCUUCCUCCACAUCUUUGUAUGAUACUAAGUGACAUUUUACUUAUUCAUUUCCCUUUGUCUAGCUACUUUGAGGUAGAGAAGGUUGACUUUAGCCUGCCUCGGAUUUAUCAGAUGCCCUUUAUACUUAGGACCUAAGCCUCUGUCUUUACAAACAGAAUCAGAAUUAUGUGAGAGAUAAAGAGCUUGUGUAGGAGAAGGAAAAAAGCCCAGCUCAGACAAGGCAAGGUCUGCUGUUACCGAGAAACCUUUUCUCUUUUUCUUCCCAAAAAGGUGGACCAGGUGAACUAAUUGCCACAUUCCAAUACUCACUCUUCAUUCCUCUACUAUUUUCUUGGUUUCCAAUGGCAGAGCCUUCUGAAGACUUCUCACAAACAUUCACUACAGUCAAUGGAAUUGCACAAUAUUGCUAGUGACAUUCAUAUUACACUCUUCCUGUUGGUUGGUUGGGUAGGUUGAUUUGAAAAGGAAAAAAAGGCUACUAAAUGGGAAAUUUUGUUCCAAAUGUGAGACGGCAAUAGCACAAAUGCCAAAUUAAAUUUUAAAAGGGGGUGAUAAAAGUGCAUCAUUUAAAUGAUAGAUCGUCUGAAAGAAAUACAGUUGGUUCUCAUAUCCAUGGAUUCAGCCAUCCACAACUUGAAAAUAUUCAAAAAAAUCCAAAAGCAAACCUUGGUAUUGCUAUUUUAUAGAAAAGGCAUCACUUUACUGUGGCAUUGUAUAGAAUGGGACUUGGCCAUCCACUGAUGUUUUGUAUCCAUGGAAGGCCCUGGAAUGAAACACAGCAAAUACCACAGGCCCAUGUUAUCAUCUUCAGGUGUUUUUAAUGAGAAACAAGGUGUGUGGAAGGAGCAAGAAGGAAAGAGGUCCUCUGUGCUGCUGGCGAUCAUAGAACUGCUUCCUUCUACAAAGGAGGCUGGCACACUUGAAUGCAGCAUGUGGACAGGCUAAAUUAGAAUAGAGCCAGGACUUCACACAGUGGCCUGAUGUGAUGCAAGUCCAAUGAGUAUCAAUGUGAAUGUAAGAACUGUCUUCCAAUGUGAGCAAGAUCCCUCCAUUGAGGAUUUCAGACUGUGGUCAGUCCACAAGCUCAGUUUAAGUGGGCAACACAAAGUUGCAAAAUAUUCAAGAAUAUCUGUUCUUGAUUUGCACUUGACUUUUUUUUAAACACCAGUGAUUGAAGCCAUUUUAAGCCGGGUGGUUUUAUUCAGCUGUCUAACCAAGCCCUAAUGUGGUGGUGCUUUUAAUUGUAUGGGGCUGAUGCAAUCAAAUAAUUCCUCUUGGGAUUUUCCCCCACUUAUCAGGGCUCAGACGGGUCAUAAUAGUUCUACUGAUACUGUCACAACAGAAAAGAAUGCUAUUAAAAUAACUUGUUUAUAGGCUCUGAUUUGCAAAACAGCCGCCUCCCCCCGCAGCAGUCUACUGCAACUUUCAACUGCUCUUCCAGGAGGAACAGUCUACAAAUCAUUGUACUAGAGCAGUGGUUCUCAACCUGUGGGUCCCCAGUUGUUUUGGCCUUCAACUCCCAGAAAUCCUAACAAUUGGCUGGGAUUUCUGGGAGUUGUAGGCCAAAACACUUGAGGACCCGUAGGUUGAGAACCGCUGUACUAGAACAUUGUUUCCAACAGUUGUUAGACCAUGCUUCAUUUGCAGGGCAUCAUAGAAAUAUCCAUUUUCUUCCUCUUUGUCCCCAGGAUCUUAAAAAGUGGGCAGCUUCACUGAUCACUCUAAGCCAGGCAUGGGCAAACUAAGGCCUGGGUGCUGGAUGGGGCCCCCUGGGUGCUUAUCUUGGGCCAUCCUCAUUUUCCCUGUCUUCUUGGCAGAAGGAUACGGCAGCCCGCUAUGUUCUUAUGUCAAAAGGAGGGGGAGGAAGGCACAUAGCAGCUGAGAGCUCUCUAGAGCUCUCUCAGCCACUGUGUAUCUCGCCCUUCUCUCGGCAUAAGGAUGGUAUAGGAGAAUGGCUCAAGGAAGGCAUACAGCUGCUGAGCCCUCUGGAGCACUCUCAGCCGCUACCUGUCUCAUUCUCCUCCCUCCCAGUAUAAUGGCAAGAGGACAGCCUGAGAAUUGGGGAAGGAGGAUCGGAUAGGGCAGUCACUGUGUGCCUCGCCUUCAACCUGAGGGUGCCCUGCCCCCUCCUCUCUGCCAUCCCCACCCAGCAUGUUCCCCCUUCCUUGCCCUGAACUCUUGGUUGGCCUGCAAUGCGGCCCCAAUGCAAAACAGUUUGCCCAUGCCUGCUCUAAGCCAUCUUUGAUUGCUUCAACUGCAGAUGUACACAAAAUAUUUUUUGAUCUAGCUAGGGGAAACAAACCAUGUUUCCGAGUUUGUGCAGAACAAGCCAUAUUGUAAGCAAGCUGGAAUUCAAAAGCUUUCAACUCCUGGCUUCUAAUUCUAACUAGGUAAACAUGGUUUAAUUGUGGGGAUUGUCACAGCCAUAACAAAUAGCCAAGACAUAAUCGUAAGUUAGUGCUGAACCAAUCACUGGAAGUCCAUAUGGGAGUGCCACUGCCUACUAAACCCAAUAAAGUAGUUGCUAAAACUGCAACGCAGGGUGCUCAGCUUUGAACAGGCAAGGUCUUCUGCUCUCAGUGAUGCUCUUGUGCUUCUUUAAGGCCAUAAUGGAAAAUACAACCUGAGGCUAUCCCAUACAUCCUUUUUCUCAAGACAGUUGCUAAUCCUCCUUGAUAAAAUGCACUUAAAUUGCUAAUAUUCUUAAAAGUUCUGACCUUCACUAAACCAGAAGUUCUUCAGACUGCAGUUUAUGCCUUCCCUUACUGCUGGUACUGUUUCAAGUUAAAAAGUGUGUGUGUGCGUGCAAUGUAUGUGUGUAUGUAUGUGUGUGUGCAUGCAGGGGGGUGUCCCUUUCCUUGUUUUCUGUAGGUUUCCUGGUGGUGCCCAUUCCUAUCCCCCUUCCCCGCAAAGUCUCCUGGUGUAGAACUAGUGCAUGUAACUUUUAUAUUAAAAAAGCCUCAGUAUUAAGGGAUAUACAAAAUCUUACCAAAAUAAUAUUUUAUUGUUGCUCAUGUACAGUGGCUGGCCACUACAGAGGUUAGGGAAAGGGAGCUUCUAUUGACCGGAAGUCCCCAGCCCCACAACCGAGAUUUGUGUAUUGUCCAUUUUACUUUCUAGUUUCAUUGUUGUAUUUUGUUCUUCAAUGUCCAUUGUUUUUAAAUACAGGAUUUUGUUUUUCUGUUA